CAACCUCUGUCGAUCACCAUCGCCGCCGCCAUUCCCUCCACCACCAACUCCCCAUCGCCUCGCCGCCGCCGCCUCCUCCCCCACACUCCUCACUUCACCUCCACCCUCCGAGCUCCAGCGCCUCCCACGGUCCCACCACCCACCACACCCAUGGCCGCCACCGCUAUCUCCGCCCGCCUCCACCCGGCCGCCGCGCGCCCCGUGGCCGCGGCGCGGCGCGCCCGCCUCGGCGUCGUGCGCGCGCUGUCCGCGCCGCCGGCGGCGGCGCUGACGCAGGACGACCUCAAGCGCCUGGCGGCGGUGCGCGCGGUGGAGUCGGUGCAGAGCGGGAUGGUGCUGGGGCUCGGGACGGGGUCCACGGCCGCCUUCGCCGUCGCCGAGAUCGGCGCGCUCUUCGCCUCCGGCAAGCUCGAGAAGAUCGUCGGCGUGCCCACCUCCAAGCGCACCUUCGAGCAGGCGCAGUCGCUCGGCAUCCCGCUCUCCACGCUCGACGACCACCCGCACAUCGACCUCGCCAUCGACGGCGCCGACGAGGUUGACCCAGACCUUAACCUUGUGAAAGGGCGGGGUGGUGCUCUUCUCCGUGAGAAGAUGGUUGAGGCUGCAUCAGACAAGUUUAUUGUUAUUGUUGAUGAGACAAAACUUGUUGAUGGAUUAGGAGGAAGUGGUCUAGCUAUGCCAGUGGAGGUUGUGCAGUUCUGCUGGAAGUACAACCUAGUAAGAUUGCAGGAACUGUUUAAGGAGGAAGGAGUCGAGGCAAAGCUAAGAUUGGAAGGUGACAAGCCUUAUGUUACUGACAACUCAAACUACAUUGUCGAUUUAUACUUCAAGACGCCAAUUGAGGAUGCAUUGGCAGCAGGGACACAGAUCGCAGCUUUGGAAGGAGUUGUUGACCAUGGGUUGUUCUUGAACAUGGCAAGUUCAGUGAUCAUCGCUGGAUCAGAUGGUGUCAGUGUCAAAACGAAGUGAGUUUUUGGGUUACUUGUUGGUGUUGAAUUUAUGGUUCUUCUUUUUGUUGUGGAAGCUAUUGGUGUAAAAGCAGUCAAUAACAUGCUUCAGUAGAUGCAAGCACUGUCGCAGGCUGGUGGCGACUGGAGUGCACUCUAAGUCAGCCAACCAGGGUUCGAGACUUGCAUUCUCUUAAUGUCAAAGCGGGGGGCGGUCUGCCUUUCCCGUCAAGUUUUUCUCUUAGCAUGCUUCAAUAAAUAUAUUUCUCCAAUGGUCCAUUGGUUCACAUCCCCGUGUUUAGGUUGUCUUCUUGAAGAUUGCCUGUUGUGGUAAUGUGGGAUAAAAGCCAUUUUACUAUAUUGUAAUUUCUGCUGGACUAUAAGAGUAAUAUUUCAGUGAUCCUGAUUUGUUCUCCUGCAA